AUGAAGAAAGGAAGGCACGACAUGACUAGUGUGGUCUGGUUCCCUAUCGUUCGUGGUACUCAAGAAGUUGUUCUUACAUUUCUCCGAGACCAAAGAGGUAACGGCUGGAUGUCCUGUCACUGGAAGAGAGUGAAGCAUGUCUUAAUGCCACGAUGA